UGGAAGAGCGUGCGCCCAUGAAUGGAGGCUCAAUCCUCGGCACAGCAGCCUGCGGUCUCUUGCCGCAUGUCGUUCCCCGUCUCUCUCCCAUUUCAUGUCUAAAGCUGUCCUAUCUAAUAAAUGCCUAAAAUGCCAAAAAAAGAAGAAAGUUUAAUAGUAGUCAACUUCCAUGUUGUACAGUUGGUUUUUAACCAGUACAGAUUAACCAUACUUGAGACCAGCGUUUCAAGUGGAUGGAUCGACCAAUCAUGCCUGGGUACGCCCUUCAGUACAGAUUGUAGCAGCUGCAGAAAUAAGGACAGCAACCUGGCCAACUAAUGAGCUGUGAGCAAGAGCAGCUGAGGGGUAACCAGGACACACCGGCACCCCCGGACCCAUCCAUGGCCCAGGCUUACCCAUCAGCCCAGUUUGCCCCCCCUCCCCAGAACGGCAUUCCAGCUGAGUUCACAGCUUCACACCCCCAUCCACAUCCACACUCCCACCCACAUCCACACCAGCACCCAGCAGCACCACAGGACUACACUGGGGUCCAGGCCUCCGUCAGUGAGCAUCCACUCAACAUGUACCAGUCCUCACAGAGCCACAGCGAGCAGAGUGGGUCAGACUCUGUCAGUCAGACGGUCCCCGGCACAGCCACACAGACAGAUGAUGCAGCCCAGACGGACAUUCAGCCACCAACACAGACUGUACCUGAAAGCACAGACAGCAAGGCCCAGCCCAAGAGACUUCAUGUCUCAAACAUCCCCUUCAGGUUUAGAGACCCAGACCUCAGGCAAAUGUUCGGCCAAUUUGGUAAAAUCUUAGAUGUGGAAAUCAUCUUCAACGAGCGUGGUUCCAAGGGUUUUGGGUUCGUAACGUUCGAGCAUAGCGUGGACGCCGACAGGGCCAGGGAGAAAUUACACGGCACCGUGGUAGAAGGCCGUAAAAUAGAGGUCAACAAUGCAACAGCCCGAGUAAUGACAAAUAAGAAGACUGUCAACCCAUAUGCAAAUGGCUGGAAGUUAAAUCCAGUGGUCAGCGCUGUCUACAGCCCAGAAUUCUAUGCAGUACCAGGUUUUCCCUACCCAACAGCCAGUGCAGCAGCAGCGUACAGAGGAGCCCACCUAAGAGGCCGAGGACGGACCGUGUACAACACAUUCAGGGCGGCGGCUCCGCCUCCCCACAUUCCAGCUUACGGAGGUGUUGUUUACCAGGAUGGAUUUUAUGGUGCAGAUAUUUAUGGUGGUUACGCUGCCUACAGAUAUGCCCAGCCUACUGCUGCCACAGCUGCUGCAUACAGUGACAGUUACGGACGAGUAUAUGCUGCCGACCCCUACAACCACACACUCACUCCUGCAGCCACAUACAGCGUUGGUGCCAUGAACGCGUUCACCCCACUGACAGAUGCGAAAACUCGGAGCCAUGCCGACGACGUGGGGCUAGUGCUGUCCUCUCUCCAGGCUAGUAUAUACCGGGGAGGCUACAGCCGCUUUGCACCCUAUUAGCAACACCUCCAACCUAUACUCAACCUUCCAACCGGACAGAAAGAAAGUGUGCGUGCGAGCGAGUGUGUGCGCGAAUGAAAAACAACGGAGAGAAUGAGUUAUCCGAGGAGAGACGUUACCGAGGCCUGGGUAUUGCAAUACAUGCAGUUUGUGGAUCAUUUCAGCAUCUCGUAAGAGAGAAGUACAGAAAAACAAAAGAAUACAGUGACAGCUGAUAUUUUUCAUCUUAUACCUCAGAUAUUUUGUGCUGUGUAUUUUGAUAUUGUGGGUUUUUAAUUUCUAAAGAUUUAAACCUAGAUUAUCAGCUGUAGAGGUUUUUUCCAUGGUACUAAUAGAGAGCUGCUAGAGUAAUGAUUAGGACACGAAUGAAAUAUUUAUCAGAUUUCAAAUUGUUAGGGCUUGUAUAGAACUCCAACCCUGUAAGAUAGGUCAUAGUCACACUUUGGGGUUUUUAUGUUUUGUAAGAGUGUUAAAGUGACUAUGCUAGUCAGUGUUGUUGUUUUUCUUGUCUCAGCUUCCUUUGGCACUUCCUCUGUCCGUUUAGCAAUGAUAGCUUUUUAGUUUUCCCUUUGGUUUGGGAGGAAGUAAAGAAGCCGUGGGAAACACAAAUAUAGUCUCUGAACCGGAAGAGAAGCUGAGAACAGCCAUUAUUGCUAUUCCAUCAUCUUGAGAUGUCAACUUUUUAUUUCUUAUCUUAAGAAAAAGCUGUUUACUUGUGACUGCAACUUUACUAUUAUAUGUUUAUAGUUAUUUCGCCAAACCAAGAUAAUACUUCUUUCCCAAGACAAAACCUAUGUAGUGUCUGCAUAGUCAUGAAAACUGCAUGUAUUGUAGCCCAACUGCAUUGAGUGCAACAUGUGGUUUUCUCGUUUUUGUUUUGUAACAUAUAAAAUAGCAGUGCAUUCAAAAAGAAAUAAAAUGUUCAUUUAAGUUUGACUUUGUAUCUCAUAAUUACAAAAUCCCAUCUCUGUUUCAAACAUGAGCAUUAUCCACCAACGUUCAAAGUCAAUUUAAAUUGUGUUAAAUCAGAUUGGCCCGUCGUGCAUGUUGUUUAGCCUGGAAAUAGAUGUUGGAAAGUCAACUGUGAUUGGUCUUGUCCGAUUUGGUCUGAAUAUAGGUUGGCAGCAACUUGAGACCAAGCUGAUUCUGUAGCAGUGCAAUCUAAUGAAACCGCUAGUCGCGUAACUUUGAUAUCUUUUAACCUGAACCCUAUUUUCCUAUGUUUUUUUAUGUCUAAGUUUUUUGAAAAUUGGUCCAGUACGAAGCAAGACCGCUGCA